AUGCCGCGCCUUCCUCGCAAGAUUCAUCAGACCGUCAACUCUGGUCCCCGCAACUCGACCCUCAGGCCAUUUGGACCUGACGCGUGGAGUCGACUCGACCGUGUCCAAGAACUGGGGCCGGAGGGCGAGGGUCAUACGGGGUGUGUUAACGCAUUGUGCUGGAGCGACGAUGGGUCGAUACUACUCAGUGGAAGCGAUGAUACAAGACACGACACACCGUCCACUUCACCGCACCCGCUGAGGCUGAAGGACUCGAUCCUGACUGGCCACCGCGGCAACAUCUUCCACACCAAGUUCCUCCCGAAUGCGAAUACGACGACGAUCGUCUCAGCUGCGGGGGACGGGGAUAUCAGAGUAUAUGAAGUCGAACGUCUUACUACGAAUCAAGGCGUAGGCAUGAGGUCAAGGAACGAGCUCUGGGGCGUCGAUGGGCCAGGUUCCUCACCGUCAGCGAAGACGGUACCAUCCUUUGUUCCGGGCACCCGCAGGAGUGGACCUGUACUCCCUGUCAGUGUCGCCACUGACGCCCUACACCUUUGCAGUGUGCCGAGCUGGGGUCCGCACACCCGGCAAGCUGGGCAGGUGUCCUGUGUCCGCCGCCUCGGACUACCGGAGAAGGAGUGGUCGGGCGUCUCGAGUCGAAGCCGGGCGUACAGCGAACGUCAUGUGACGAGUGUCAAGAUGAGCACGGAUCAUUCGGGCGAGGUUGUUGGUGCCAUGGCCAUGCACUCGACGAGUCUGUUCUCGAUGUACGACGAUCCGGUCACGACGAGCAUGAGGUCUAAUGAGAGCGGUGUGGUUGCCCCGAACGGCAAGCGAAUGGGGGCCAGUAUCUCAAAGCGGAGGCAUUCCGGGGGAUCGGACGAGGACGACAACCCUCCUAGGUCACGGACUAAAUCAGCGGAGAGCCCAAGGCAGUCGAACGACCAUCAUACCCGAACAACACGGACAAAGCCGAUCGACGAGGAUGACGACAUGCGCGAGUUCCUCAGCGAGCUAUACGAGGACUCGGCAGAGGAGCGUAGAAUGCGCGCCGCUCAGUUCCUGUACUCGGACUCGGAGUCGGACAACGAAAGCAACGCAGCCGAGCCGUCGACCGCGGCUACCGUCGGUGCGACAACUGACCAAGCGUCAGUCCCAGCAGCGGAAGAGGAUGACGAACCCAAAUCGGGCGGAGAAGACGAGCCGCCAGCCCCGUUAAGUGAUCCCGAAAUCGACGCCGAGGUCCGCGCCGAGGCCCAAGCUGCCCAGCGCCUACGGCGCAUGUUCGCCAACCUUAGCGACGAUGAGGAUAACUCAGACGACGAUGAGGAAUCCAUGGAGCUCGAUACAGUGAUUGACUCCGAGUUUGAUGACGAGGACGACUUUGACGAUGAUGACAACUUCUAUUGUCCCGGAGCUCUGUCCUCGGACGGGCAGUUCAAGGAUGUGCCUCUCAUUCACCCGCGACGAAUGUACAAGGGAGCGCAAAACUACGAGACAGUCAAGGACUGUAAGUUUGCUGCUUCUGCGGGUGCUGAACUGACCUCAGGCAACUUCGUUGGCAACGCCUCAGACAAGGUAUGCUCGGGCAGCGACGACGGCAACUUCUUCGUCUGGGACAAGCUCACGGGCCGGCUCGAGGGUGUGUGGCAGGGCGGCCGUGACGUCGUGAACGUCAUCGAACAGCACCCGACCCUGCCCAUUCUCGCCGUGGCUGGUAUUGACAACACGCCCAAGAUCUUCGCGCCGACCGCCCAGCCGCAGAAACCCAGCUUCAUCCGCACACACAUGGCGGACCGCAUCAUUGCGAGGAACUCCAUGCCGCCGCCGUAUCACCAGAGCUCUAGCAUUGACUCGACGGCUCUCCAGUUCCUUAGCCACCUGUUGCGUGCUCGCGGGAAUGCGAACAGCGAGGCAGACCGUAUCCGCCUCAUGAGCUUCCUCCGCUCCACGGGCGUGCACCUUCCCGACGAUGACGAGCUGGACAGCUGGCCCGCGCCUGUAAGAAGACGUCUUAGACCGAGCCCCAUCGUUCACCGCCGCCUCGAAGAAGCCGAAGAGGUCAGGUCGCGUGCAAUUGCUUCCGCUCGUUGUCGUUCAGCGACGGGUCGACGAGAUUUCGGGACGACAGAGGUGGAGGUUGACCACUUGCUCUUCUUCCGUACCAGCCUCAUCCGACCUCCAUCUCCGCGUCCUCCGGAGCGAUCGCAUCAUGCUCACCCAGAUCGCACAGCUUGGAGGACCGGGUCCGGUCACGCUGGCCUUUCGGCAGAUGGCUCGCCUCCCGUCGUCCAUCGCUACGGUGUCGGCUCUCCAGCGAAGCCCAAACGCAGCCCGACGAAGAGCAAGAAGCCAAAGGCUGCAUCCAGACCUUUGACAGCCAAAGAUCCGACCACUCAGCCGCCCUCUGAGACUGUGAUUGCGGCCCUUCCGCCUUCAAGCCUCUCUAACAAGAAGGCCAAAGAGGACGACCUCAUUCGGUACCUCGAUGCCCGUGAGCUCGAGCAGAGUCUUCGCAUCUGGAACGACUUUCUCGUGGCCACGGAUGUGUUUCGAGAUCUUCAGCCCGAAACGUAUGCGAAAAUAUCCAAGUUCAUCGUCGAGACUGCGUCCCGACGCAAUGGCUUGAACAUCGGGAGAUGGGCGGCGCACGAUCCCGAGCGGCUCGAAACGCUCCUGCAUAUGGCGGUCGAGGCUUCCGUGCAUGACAACUGGCGGGGCUUCAAUGCUCUGCAGCUGGAGCUGAUCGGCGCCGGACGUCCGCACGACGUCGUGUCCGCGUACGGUCAAUUCAAGGACAGCCUCUUCGCGCACCAAGGCAAGGACCCGAAAGGUCUCGUGAGCUGGUACCGCGAGGAACGUCUUGCAUCUCGUCUGACGGGUGACGGUCUCAUCCCGCUCAUGCUUGGCUACGUCGCAGCCCAAACGAUGCUGGGGCAGUUUGACCACACGGUGCUCAUCUCGCUGAUGGACUCUGCGUUUGAUGGCCGCCUCGUGCAGCGCGACAGGCUCGACCUCUCUGCGCUCAAGUACCAGAUUCGUUCUCCCGCAAACCAGGGCGCGAGCGAGAUUGUCUGGCGCCAGUUCCUCGCCAACAUUGACAAGGUCACGCUUGCGAUUCAGUGCUACCACUCCAAGGCGCUCGUGACGCGCAUCCGGGCACUGGCGCGGCACGGUGACGUCGCCAAGGUCAACUGGCUCUACGAGUCGCUCAUGAAGGCGUCCGUCGGGCCCGAUCGCUUCAUCAUUCCCGUCGACUCGGCGAACAGGACUGCAAACUACAACUUUCUGAUGACAGAUGCGCUAAUCGACGCUUACGCGAACUUCAAGGACGUCGACCGCGUGGUCCACAUCGUUGAGGUCGACAUGGCGGCUCGAUAUCCUCGCAUCCCGACGGGCGGAUACGGUGUUGCGCUACGCAGCCUUUCGAGCCUGUCCUCCACGCGGUCCAAGAAGACCCUUCAGCAGCAGGCCGAGAAGAAAGUCGCCGAGUACUGGGCCGCGAUUGAGGCGAGAGGCGAGGACAUGACGCUCGAGAGCCUCGACAACCGACUCGAAAGCCUGUCGAACCUAGGCAAGCCGGCUGAGGCCGAGAAGCUGUUUCGGCGCGCGGUCAUUGCCCUCGUAAGCAGGGGCGAGGAUACGGUAGACUGGCGCUCGCGCCUAGCCGGGCACGUCUUCAACGCCUACUGCCGCGCCGGCCGGAUCGGGGACGCGGAGCGCCUGCUGCAAGAGGUUCCUACUCCUACCGGGCCGCCGUCCAGUUAUCACCGCCCCUUCACGCUCGGCGUGCUGCACGCCCAAGCAGAAGACAACGUAAAGCGCAAGCUGUUGACGCAAGUCCUCGCGCGAAUUGGGGAUGCGCACGUCGUCGGCGCGGACUGGGGGCGGAUUCUCGAGCUGCUGCUCAGGAGCGGAUGGGACGUCGUCGGCACGACGGACGCGAUAGCGACCAAGCAGGAGCUCGCGCCCACCGUCCCCGCACGAUGGUGGUACAGCUUUCUCUCCGGGCUGACGGGGAGCAGCGCGCGCGGCGUGCGCCCAGCAGCCCUAGAGGCGGCGAUCCACGUGCUGCGCUCCCACUUCCCACGGGGCGAGAGCACGAGCCCGACGCUGACGGUUCUGGCGUGGAGCGUGGUGCAGCUCGCGCUGGCAAGGAGCGACGCGCUGUCUGCCGCGGAGCGGCAUGCCGCCAUGGAAGAAGUCUUCGCGCUGCUUCCCAGCCACAUUGAGGCGAAUCAGAUCCGCGCGCGCGUCAUGCUCGCCUCACUUGCGAGGAAGGACGGAACGGGCGUGCCGGAGGCGCUGCACCAGUGGGAACUCAUUGAAGACUGGGUCCCGCCCGUCGUGUAUACCGACACGCUGAAACAGCUGCUCAGACUCGGACAGCGCGGCGUUGCAGAGGACCUGGCUGCGCGUAUCCCAAACACGAACCGGUUCCGACACGUCGCGGCGUUCGCGAGGGAGAAGCGUCUGGUCGACCACGCUGUCCGGGGCUUGGAACGGUCGCACACUGUGGAAGUGGAUAUGGACGAGAUCGAGGAGCUGGACGAGGAGGACGGGCAGGACGAGGAUGCAUAG